CGAUUAAGUUCUUUUUGUUUUGUAUAUAGUUAAACUUAAAAAUUUAAUUAAAAAUAAUUAUUUAGUCAUAGUCUCAUACGGUAAAUAGGUAACCACUCUAGACGUCGUUUCUUUUUCUUUAUUUAAUUUUUAUUACAAAUAAAAGUUAAAAAGUGCAUUUCUAAUUUGGUAUUAUAGUUGUUAAUUAACUCUCUAAUAAGGAUAUAAACACAAGAUAAAAUGCUUACAAUUAACAAAGUUAUGAACCCUAAAAAUAUACCACUAAAAAAUGUAACUUUAGUUCGAAACAUUACAAAGAAAGUGAAAAAUGUAAGAGAUGUAGGUUAUCAAUAUAUGCAAAGAAGUAAAGUGCCUACAAUGCAUUUCCAGAAGUCAUUACCGCGAUUGCCUAUUCCAGAAUUAAAUAAUACUCAAGAUAGAUAUUUAAAUGCAUUAAGACCAUUACUUACCAAUGAGCAGUAUUCUUUGGCUGUCAAGAGAACCAAUAGUUUUGUUACAAAUGAAGGAAAAGUAUUACAGGCCAAACUCAUCGAUAAGGACAAAGCUAAUAAACAUACAAGUUACAUCUCAGAUUAUUGGUUUGAUCUAUAUCUUAGAGACCGUGCUCCUCUGCCAAUCAAUUAUAAUCCUCUAUUGGUAUUUCAAAAUGACACUAAGCCAGAAUACAAUAAUCAGCUAAUAAGAGCAACUAAUUUACUAAUAAGUGCGGUGAGAUUUAUGUUGUCCUUAAGAGAACAAAUUCUUGACCCAGAAGUGUUCCACUUGCAACCUAAAAAAAGUAAUACAUCUCUAUUCAGAACUGUUACUGGGUUACUUCCAGAAAGCCUAUCAUGGUAUGGUGCUUAUUUAUUCAAAGCUUUUCCUUUGGACAUGAGUCAGUUUGGUGGUUUAUUUAAUGCUACUCGCCUGCCUUUGUUAAAUAAAGACAAAAUCUUUAAAGAUCCAACUUGUAACCAUGUGGUUGUUCAGAAAAAUGGAAAUUUCUACAUCUUUGAUGUUCUAGACUCUGAUGGCAAUAUUUUAUCACCUUCUGAAUUUUUGGGCAAUUUAUCAAAAAUUCUUAAUGACAAUUCUCCAAAAGCUAACUACCCAUUAGGGAUACUGACUAGCCAAAAUAGAAAUGUAUGGGCUCAGCAACGGACACAUUUAGAAGAAAUUGGAAAUCACGAAGUAUUAAGAAAAAUUGAUUCUGCUAUUUUUAAUUUAGUAUUAGAUGAUUUCAUUAUUGGAGAUAGUAAACAUAGAAUAUUGACACAAUUUUUACAUGCAGAUGGGUUAAACAGAUGGUUUGACAAAUCAUUUAGUCUAAUAGUCACUAAAGAUGGAAUGUCUGGUAUUAAUUUUGAACAUUCUUGGGGCGAUGGUGUAGCUGUUUUAAGAUUUUUCCAAGACAUUUAUACAGAAACUACAACUAAUCCAUUCAUAAAUCCAGAUACAAAGUCUUCAAAUAACAAUAUUACAGUUAAAAAGCUAGAGUUCAACAUUGACGAUAAAUCAAAGAGUUUUGUUGAGAAGGCCAAAACGGAAUACAAGGAUUGGUGUGAUUCAUUAAGCAUCGACUACAUUUUAUAUGAAGGUUUAACAAAGGGAGCUUGUAAAAAAUAUAAAGUUAGUCCUGACUGUAUAAUGCAGCUUGCAUUUCAGGCUGCCUAUCACCUUAUUAAUGGUAAAUUUGUGGGCACAUAUGAAUCUUGCAGUACAUCUGCAUUCAAGCACGGUAGGACUGAAACAAUGCGACCUUGUACAAAUAAAACAAAGGCAUUUUGUGAAAUACUCCACUCAAACAAUCCAUCAAAUCAAGAACUUCGUUCAAUAAUGCAAGAAUGUUCUUUAUAUCAUUCGGAAUUAGUGAAGCAGGCCGCUAUGGGUCAAGGGUUCGACCGGCAUAUGUUUGCAUUAAUGAAGAUAGCAGAAGAGAACAACAUGCGAAAACACGAACUAUACGACUCAUAUGAAUAUAAAUUCCUUAAUAAGUCAAUUCUAAGUACUAGCACUCUGUCCGCGCCUAGUGUUAUGGCUGGAGGAUUCGGUCCUGUCGCUAAAGAAGGAUUCGGCAUUGGGUACUCUGCCUUUCCUGAUAAACUCGGUGCAGCCGUAGCCAGCUACAAGGCUCACAAUAACAGCACCCAAUUUGUUGAUGCUUUACACAAGUCAUUUGUUGAUAUUACAAAAAUUUUAUCCGAUAAUGAUAAUGAGAAUAAUGUAAUUUAAAAUUUAUUUCGUGAUUGUGUGCAUUAUAUAAAGGGCUAAAUCAAAUUCCGAACUAAAUACGCUUACAUAUCAAUUAUAUAAUCUAUUUUGAAAUUAAAUAAA